AUGUGGUUCCUGAUCCUGUUCCUAGCCCUGUCCCUAGGAGGGAUUGAUGCUGCACCUCCUGUCCAGUCUCGCAUUGUUGGAGGAUUUAAAUGUGAGAAGAAUUCCCAACCCUGGCAUGUGGCUGUGUACCGCUACAACGAAUAUAUAUGUGGGGGUGUCCUGUUGGACCCCAACUGGGUUCUCACAGCAGCCCACUGCUAUGACAAUGCCCCCAGCCAGUAUAAUGUUUGGCUGGGCAAAAACAAGCUAUUCCAAGAUGAACACUCUGCUCAGCACCGAUUGGUCAGCAAAAGCUUCCCUCACCCUGGCUUCAACAUGAGCCUCCUGAUGAUCCAAAAAAUACCUCUUGGGGUCGACUUAAGCAAUGACCUGAUGCUGCUGCGCCUCAGCAAGCCUGCUGACAUCACAGAUGUUGUGAAGCCCAUCGCCCUGCCCACUGAGGAGCCCAAGCUGGGGAGCACAUGCCUUGCCUCAGGCUGGGGUAGCACUAUACCUUUCAAGUUCCAAUAUGCAAAAGAUCUUGAGUGUGUGUCCAUCAAAGUCCUGCCUAUUGAGAACUGUGCCAAAAGCCACAAUAAGAAGGUGACAGAUGUCAUGCUGUGUGCAGGAGAUAUGGAUGGAGGCAAAGACACUUGUGUGGGAGACUCAGGAGGCCCACUGAUCUGUGAUGGUGUUCUCCAUGGCAUCACAUCAUGGGGCUCUAUCCCAUGCGGUGAACCCAAUGCGCCGGGCAUCUACACCAAACUUAUUAAGUUUAACUCCUGGAUAAAAGACACUAUGGUGAAAAAUGCCUAA